AUGGCUGAGCACUUUAAGGAGGCGAUCACGUGUGGCGGCUGCCGGGAGGAUCUGGAGCGGCCGCUGCUGUUCAAGUGCGGCUACGUGUGCUGCAUCCACUGCCUGCGUGCUGAGCAGAACGAGGCCGGCGGCGCCUUCCAGUGCCCGGGCUGCGCGCAAGUGUCGCUGCCGCACGAGGUCGUGCCCUACUGCCAGCUGGACGGGCUGGUGGGAGCCAUCCGGAACCUGCAGCCGCAGCUGGGGAGCCUGCUGCUCAUGAACCCAUGCGUGAGCAAGUUUUACGUGGAUGUGACCCUGGAUGCCUCCAUGGCUGACCCCAGCCUCUUUAUUUCUGAAGAUCUGAAGACGGUCCGCUGCCGCUCUCUCAGACAGAAGAACAGGAGCAGCUCAGAGGGCCUGAAGCAUCACUUCUCCGUCCUGGGUUUCCCGGCCUUCAGCUCCGGCCGCCAUUACUGGGCGGUGGAUGUGGGCAGCAGCGUGGGCUGGGAGGUGGGGGUGUGCCAGGAAUCGGCCUGGCUGAGAGCAAGAACCAUGCGUUCCACCCGGGCCGGAUUCUGGACCGUGGGCCGGCGGGCUGGGCAGUACCAGGCCUGCUCACUGUCUCCCAAAGAGCUCUUUGUGAACUCUGGGUUGCACCUAAUUGGGGUCUUCCUGGAGAUAGAGUUCCGUAGUAUUUCUUUUUUCAACCUAAGCAACAAAUACCACAUUUUCACAUUCACUGAGAUGCCCGUGGGUGAAGUGGUGCGCCCGUUCUUUGCACUGGCCAAUGAGACGCGGGAUCCCAACAAUGUCCUGAGAAUCUGCCCGAAGCCUGGACCAGGCACACUGGGUCUUGCUGAGGCAGCAGCCGGCCUGGGAAGCUGAUCUGGUGACAAUGACCCGGGCAUCAGAGCCAUAGGAGAACUAUCCUUGCUUGUA